CAUGGCUGGCGUCUGCUGCAGGUGGUGUUGGUGGCGGCGCUGCUCUGUGUCACCCACGUCCUCGCCCAGAUUAACUGUGACCCGGAUUGUAGCGGUUCUGCCGCUUCUGAUAAGGUGCCGGAUCCUCUCAAUUGCACUCAAUAUUACAUCUGUUUGGCACCCAACUUGGCCUCGGACGCUCCGGUGUCUUGUCCAGAAGGUCAAGAUUUUGUUGACACAGCGUGUGCUGAUCCUGCUCCUGAUGACCCACCAUGUAAACCUACCUGCACACUAAAUCCUUGCCAUCUAACAUGUGCCGCCGACUUGGAAAAGAUCUCUGACCCGAAGAGUUGCAACAACUACUACUAUUGCGUGGGCACCAGUGCUGUGGGGCCCGUGGAAUGCCCAGUUGGUACACCUUACUUUGACGGUACGAUCUGCGGUACGGACGACACCAAGUGCUGCGGCGACCUGUGUAUUCCCUACUGCUAUCCCAAGGUAGUUGAGGCUCCUGACCCCUACGACUGCACCAGAUACUACAUGUGUCCCGAAGAGGGAUUAGCCAGCGAACUGAACCAUAAUACCUGCCCUUCAGGGUCCAACUUUGAUCUAGCAAUGGGUUAUUGUGUGGUCGGCGCCCCUUGUAAUACCCUGUGUAGCGACACCACGGUCCCCGGGGUAAGUACGACCCCAUCUUCAGGCUGCCAGGAGUCCAUGACGUGCACGUCAGUGGGACUCUUCCCCAAGUGCACGACGUGUGACCAGCAGUACUUCAACUGUCGCACCGUCGGCCAGCCAGCCAUCGUUGAGACCUGCACAGGAUCAUUGCUCUUCAACACCGACCCUUCAUACCCUUACUGUGUCAAGCCCGAUGACUGCCCUCACCACGUGAUCUGAGCCCACCUGCAGGUACUUAGCUGAAUACAUAGACGUCUUUUUCCACAUACUUGGUAACACUAGGUGGUUGUUUCCACCUACCUGUAAACACUAGGUAUCUCCUGCGACCUGUGGUCGGACUUGAGAAGAACUCUCAGAACAGCUUCCAGGUAAACUCCAGGUAAACCUAGAGAACUAGGUACUACCCCGAACCACUAUCCUUCCCUGUGACCAUAAUCUACACCUGAGUCUCCACUCCUGUACUUGAAUCCUCUACUUACACUUGUAACACCACCUUCACCCAGGAACAGUGCGCGUUGAUGCAAGUAAUGUAUAACUUAAAGUAAAUAACGUAUAUUGUGUUUCAAAUAAUGAAUAACUAAAAGGAAGUAAUGAUUAACUUAAACCAAAUAAUGUAUAACUUGAGGCAAAUAAUUUAUACCAUACCUAAAUAUGUAUACCUUGAACCAAUCAAUAUUCAAUCUGAAUCAAGUAAUGAUUACUAAUGUAUAAUGGGUAUAAAGUAUAGUAUCGCUGUAAGCAAACUAUAGUUUUCAUCAAGUAAAGAGUCGUAAACUAA